AUGAAAUUGAACGUAGUCUUCCUGCACCCAGAUCUGGGCAUCGGAGGUGCCGAACGAUUGGUGGUCGACGCGGCCGUGGCGAUGAAGGAAUCUGGCCAUGCCGUGCGGUUCGUCACCAAUCACCACAGCGUCUCGCACUGUUUCGAAGAGACCAGGGACGGUACUUUGCCGGUGACCGUAGUCGGCGAUUGGCUACCGAGGACGGUGUUCGGCAAGUGUUACGCGCUGUGCAGUUACGCUCGCAUGGUAUACGCCGCCUUGUACUUGACGUUUUUCAGUUCCAUCAAUCCUGACUUGGUGUUCGUCGACCAGAUAUCGGCCUGCAUACCCAUAUUGAAUUGGAUGCCUUGCAAAGUCCUGUUCUACUGCCAUUAUCCCGAUCAACUGUUGGCCGCGCAUGACGACGCUCUGAAGCGAUACUAUCGACUGCCGUUGGACUGGCUAGAAGAGAAGACCACUGCUUGCGCUCAUAUGAUCUUGGUUAACAGUAAUUUCACGUUGGACGUCUUUAGGAGUACAUUUAAAAGUAUUAAGAAACUACCGACAGUUGUCUACCCGUCCAUAAACACCGUGUUUUUUGAUAACACCGAAACGAUACAAUUGAAAGAUUUAAUGAACGUGGAAAAUUGUAAAUAUAUCCUAUCUAUAAACAGAUUUGAGAGGAAGAAAAAUCUGGGUUUGGCUAUCCAUAGCUUCAACAUGUUAUCUGACAAGAAAAUUAAACUUGUCUUGGCUGGGGGUUAUGAUCCUUUGAAUAUAGAAAAUAUUGAAUAUUUUCAAGAGCUGGUAAGUCUUGUUCAAGAUAUGAAGCUCAAUGAACGUGUUAUAUUUUUGAAAUCUCCAUCGGACGCCAUAAAAAUAUCACUCCUUAGGCAUUGUCUAUGUUUGGUAUAUACUCCAUCCUUUGAACAUUUUGGCAUUGUGCCUUUAGAAGCCAUGUACUGUUGUAAACCAGUCGUGGCAGUUAAUAAUGGUGGACCCAAAGAGACUAUUGAAAACGAUCAUAAUGGAUACUUAAGAAAUGCUGAACCUGAAGAUUUUGCUGAUGCUAUAAAACAGCUUGUAGAAAUUGAAGGGAAAGCUGAAUUAUUUGGAAAUCAUGGUAAAAAGAGAUUUGAUGAUAUAUUUUCUUUUGGGGCAUUUAAAAAUAAAAUAGAUAGUAUAUUAGAAAAUGUAUACAAGACUGAAUAA